CUCUAUGGAAAAUUAUUUUCAUGAUUGUUGGUAAAUUUUCGUCAAGAGAAACGAGAAAAACAGUUGUGUGUGUGUGCGCAACUUUUGUUAUUUAACAAAUUUUGUAAAAUACUUUGUAAAACUGCCAGUGAAUUUUGUUGUCAACUUUGUUAUAAAAAUGUCUUCCAACAAAAUAUGCGACAUUGAGGAUGAUGUUAAAGACGCUCUUAAAAAAUUUCGUUUCCGUAAAAGUCAGACUAAUGCUGCCCUUAUUCUAAAAGUUGACAAAGAGAAGCAAAAGGUCUGCAUCGAUGAAUUUGUAGAGGACAUUCAAAUGGAGGAGGUUCAGGACCUGAUACCUGCUCAUCAGCCACGUUACAUUGUCUACAGUUACAAAAUGGAACACUCCGACGGUCGUGUUUCAUAUCCAAUGUGUUUUAUUUUUUAUACACCGAGAGAUAUUCAAAUGGAAUUGCAAGUUCUUUAUGCAGGAAUGAAACUCGUAUUGCAACGUGAAGCCGAAUUGACAAAAGUAUUUGAAGUACGUGAAUUAGAGGAGCUUACCGAAGAGUGGCUCAAAGAAAAAUUGAGUAGAUAGAAAGAAUUUCGUUAUAAAUUCUAAUUUAUAUCGUUUUUUUAUUUUCUUAUUAUUACGUUAUAUUUGUACAAAAAAAAGCAUCGCAUUUUGUUCUAUUGACAAAAUUCGAGGGGACAAAAAAUUCUCACUAGUUUAUUUUGUUGAGUCUUAUCUAAAAAUUUAGAGCUUUAACUUUAUAUCUGUUUUCUACACAAUAAAAAUCUUUUUCAAACUUUUA